AACAUACCCGCCAAGUCAUCGUAUUAUCGCCAGCUGAAUGCGUUGUGGAUGUUCAAAUUACAUUAUCAGAGGCGUUUUUGGUUUCGUUUCGUUUUGAGCUAAUAAAUUCUGUAUCCAUUUUAAAAGAAAUUCUACACGAUGUCAGAAGAUGAAAUAUCAGUUUCUCCAGAACCUUGUCGAAUACCAGAAGAAAAGUUACUUCUUGUUUCAAGAACUGGAGAUAUUGAAGCUACUACUAAAUUAUUAAGCACGUAUGCUGAAGGGAAAAUAUGUGUUGAUAUAAAUUGCAAAGGAGAACAAAAAAGUAACCAUGGCUGGACUCCUCUUCACCUUGCUUCUUAUUUUGGACACGAAAAAAUUGCUGAUCUUCUAAUCAAAUAUGGAGCUGAUGUAAAUGUCCUGAAUGACACUGGAGACACGCCUUUGCAUAAAGCUGCAUAUACUGGUCGAGAGGAACUGGUAUUAUUAUUGUUAUCAAAAAAUGCUGAUGUAUUUAUAAGAAAUAGUGAAGGUCAGACUGCCAGAGAUAUUAGCAAGAAUGAAGAUAUCUGGAAGCUAUUAAAAGCUGCUGAAGUUGUAGAUAUUGAAAAGAAAAACUCAUUGCUUUUGCAUGCGGCACGAGAAGGUGAUACACAUGUUAUUGAAAAUCUACUGAAAAGUGAUCAUCCUCCAGAUAUAAAUUGUGUUGAUUCGUUAGGCAACACAGCUUUGCAUUGUGCAGCUUAUCGUGGAAAAAAAGAAGUAGCUAUUCUUUUGCUUCAAAAUGGCAUUAAUACAUCUAUCAAGAAUUUAAGAGGUCAGUAUGCUAUAGAUUUAGCUUUAAACAUACCAAUGAAGCAAAUACUUGGAGUUCAGCCUGUCAAGCAUUUUCAGAAAACUGCUUCACGUUUUGAAGGACUUUUAUUAAGAAAAAGUCGUUUUCUUCGUUGGAAGGAAGUAUGGACGGUGUUAGAAAAAGGUGUUAUGUCCUUUUUUAAUUCAAGGGCUGAUUCUACCACUGGGACAAAAAGGAAAGGCUAUAAGUACCUUGAUGGCGCAAGAGUUCUUUUAGAUGAAACUGAUGUUGCUGCAUUUACUAUAAUAUUCUCUGAUAAUGCUAGGCAAAGAUUUAAUGUACCCAAUGUUGUUCAUCAGCAAGUAGAUCGACAGAAAUGGGUAAAUGCAAUAACAGAGCAUAUUGAAUUCAGCAGUUAUUAUCUGAAACAAGGUUUAUCAGACUCUGACCCUGAAGAUGAAGAUAUCAUGCCUGUUGGCACAAUGCAAGAUAAACUCCAGACUGCUCAAGCUCAUUUGCAAAUAUUUGAAAACCAUGUACAGUCUCUGAAACAAACUGCAGAAUGCUACAGUGUUAGUAAUGGUAUUAAAUCAGAAUUUUAUAUAAGUGAAUCUCCAUCAAAAAGUCUGAAUAAUCAUUUGGAUAAUUUAGUUGAUUCUGCUCGUAAAGUAUCGUCCAGCCUGUCUCAUUGCCUCACAGUGUUUGCUCAGCAGGAAGAAGUCCGUAUGUUGCAAUUGAAACAGCAACAGGAAAGAUGCCGAGUUCUACAGGAUGCUUUGCAUGCUUUAGCCCAGGAGCACCAUGAAUUGGAGAAAUCUUUUGUGAGCCCUUAUGUAUCGCCUCCAAAUUCACCUCAUUAUCAAGAUACUGACUGUGAUGAAUUUUUUGAUGCAUUUGAAGGAGGUCUUAACAAGCAGUGAAGACUUAGUGUUAGG